UACCACACCCACAGCUAGCUUAGCCUCAUCGCAGAUUCAUCCAUCACCAAGCAAGCUAGCUAGCCGCGCGCGCGUCAUGGAGGUUCACCAGGUGGUGAGCGGCGCCGCCGCCGGCGAGGUCCCGGCGAGGUGCGGGGCGGGGCUGUUCUCGGCGCUGGACAAGGUCCGGCGCGCGCUCGUCGCGUUCGGGGCGAAGCUUGCCAAGAUCGCGCGGGACGACCCGCGGCGGGUGGCGCACUCGCUCAAGGUCGGGCUGGCGCUCACGCUGGUGUCCGUGCUUUACUACGUGCGCCCCAUCUUCAUCAACUGGGGCGUCUCCACCAUGUGGGCCGUGCUCACCGUCGUCGUCGUCAUGGAGUACACCGUCGGUGGGACGCUGAUCAAGGGCCUGAACAGAGCGUUCGCGACGCUGCUCGCCGGGUUCAUCGCCGUCGGGGCGCACAAGGUGGCCUACCUCUGCGGCAACAACGGCGAGCCCGUCGUGCUGGCCAUCUUUGUCUUCUUACUAGCAUCGGCGGCGACGUUCUCGCGGUUCAUCCCGGAGGUGAAGGCGCGGUACGACUACGGCGUGACCAUCUUCAUCCUCACCUUCAGCCUGGUGGCCGUGUCGAGCUACCGCGUCGAGGAGCUCAUCCGCCUCGCGCACCAGCGCUUCUCCACCAUCGCCAUCGGCGUCGCAACCUGCCUCUUCACCACCAUCUUCGUCUGCCCGGUCUGGGCCGGGGAGGACCUUCACAACCUCGCCGCCGGCAACCUCGACAAGCUCGCCGACUUCCUCGAGGGACUCGAGUCCGAAUGCUUCAGAGAGAACGCUCCAGGCGAGAAUCUGGAGAGCAAACCCUUCCUCCAGGUGUACAAGAGCGUCCUCAAUUCCAAGGCCAGCGAGGACUCCUUGUGCAACUUUGCCAAGUGGGAGCCUGGUCACGGCAACUUCUACUUCCGGUACCCAUGGGGCCUGUACCAGAAGCUCGGCGCCCUUUCUCGCCAGUGCGCUUCCUCAAUGCAGGCUCUUGCCUCCUACAUCAUCACCCUCACAAAAUCUCAUUAUCCUGAAGCGAACAUGGAGCUCUGCUUGAAGGUCCGAGCAGCGUGCGGCGAGAUGAGCCUGAACUCCGCCAAGGCGCUCCGGGAGCUCUCGGAGGCGAUCCAGACGAUGACGGCACCAUCCCCGGCCAGGACCCACAUGUCUGCGGCGAUCAGAGCAGCGAGAGGCCUCAGGGCCGAGCUGUCACAGGACGCGGAUCUGGCGAAGGUGAUGCACGUCGCUGUGAUUGCGUCUCUUCUGUCGGAGCUGGUUACGCAGACGAAGAAGAUCGCAGAGUCUGUUGAUAACCUGGCACGAGUCGCCCGUUUCAAGGACCCUGAGGACACUCAGAAGGAUGUGGUUAUCAAUGUGGUUAGCUGAGAAGCAGCAGAUGGCCUUCAGUGGGAGUUGACUAGUGGUGUUCUGUAUUUUGUAUGGAGAACAUCCACAU